AAAAUGUGAAUUUUCUUCUGGAAUAACCAUUGUACCUCCUUCUGCAAGUGAGAGUUUCCUAUUGGCUAACAUUUACCUCUUGGCGGUGGAAGUACUACUUUAAUAGAAGGGUAGAGCGGGGGUAUUGCUACAUGGGUGUAUCCAGCAGUAAGAAUCCUGAAUUAAUUGUAACGGCAAUGGAGAAAGCCAAGUCUACCGUUUCGUCACAUCCAGUUGUUAUUUUCAGCAAGACAUACUGUCCGUAUUGCACUCAAGUCAAACAACUAUUGACAAGGUUGGGCACCAAGCCGGAGGUCAUUGAGCUUGAUACUGAAAGUGAUGGUUCAGAUAUACAGGCAGCUUUGAAAGAAUGGACAGGACAACGAACUGUCCCAAACGUAUUCAUUGGAGGCACACACAUUGGUGGCUGUGAUGAUACUGUGGCAAAGCAUAAUAGUGGAAAGCUUGUACCACUCUUGUCGGAAGCUGGUGCUCUUUGAGAACUGUUUGGCUAGUAUUAAUAUGUCAACAAACAAAGGAAAUUCGUUUCCAGAACAAUAAUUAUGUAUUUAUGCUUAUUGUAGACAGUAGACUGUGCUGCAUAUUUAAAACAUUAUAUGGUUGUACUUGAGAUUUAUGCCAUGUUUUAAUUUAAUAUACUCUGAUAUUUGGUUGGUAUUAA